UUGGCCACAUUCCCGCUGUUCCCCAGCCUUUCGCAUAAAACACCGGGAUCUACAGGACAACUGGCAAAAACGCAGUCACGCCUAGGUCAUCCACCAGCCCCGGGGGUGGGCCAGAGCGGUCUCCUGGCGCCCGGCGCAUUCGCUCAAUCCGGCGCCCCCGGUGGUAGCAUUUCUCCCCACCUCAGUGGUAGCGCUUUCCACCUGAUCGGAUCGUCUUCUGCCUCUGCUGCUGCUACUGCUGCAACACUGACAGCAGGAGGAAUCAAUCUGCCAAUGCAGAGCGCCGACUCUAUUCUACUGGGCAGACUGUUACAUGAGAAAGAGACGAUGUUGCAACAACAACUGCAGGACUUGACCCGUCUUCGCUUCCAGAAUUCCGAGAUGGAAGUGAGAAUAAAGUCACUCCAACGAGAGCUUGACAGCAAGACUUCACGACUGAAUGCACUUGAAGUUGCUCAGGUACGAUCAAUUUUAAUCCAACACCUCCCUUUCGGCACUGCUAAGGGUAGCAACUUUGAUCUCCAAUUGAAUUGCCCCAUUGAUCAUUUUGACAACAACAAAAAGGGUAGUUAUUUCCAGCAGUAA